AUGGCGUGUCUGUGGCUCCCCAGAGGCUCCGGUGUGGCAGUUCUGACAGUGACACUGAUGGUGCUGAGCCCUCCUGUGGCUUUGGUCAGGGACACCCGACGCGGUUUUCGUUGGUGGUUCUUUACCCUGGAACAGUUUUGCUUUCCACACCUCACUGCCAGCUCCCACGAACAGACCACAGCGUUUGCCUGCGACACUCUCUUCUUCCACCUCACGCUGACCGAACGUUUCGUGACACACUUCGGUGUCACUCCUCAGAAUAAAGUAAAAGAAGAAAAUGAAAAACUGCAAAAGGAAAUUGAUGACAUAAAAGCUCAAUUCAUGAAUGGCUGGGAGAAGUCAUCUUUGUUUCCUGACUGGAGGAAAGAAGUUUUCCAGGCUGUGAAUGUGACUCUGGAUCCAGAAACAGCCCAUCCCGCCCUCCUCUUGUCUGAAGAAAGACAGCAAGUAACCUUGGGGGAGAAACCUCAAGAUCUACCUAAGAGUCAGCUGAGAUUUGAAUCCCUUCCCUGUGUGCUGGGUAAAGAGGCCAUCAGCUCAGGGAGAUGCUACUGGGAGGUGGAAGUGAAAAACAGUACAGCAUGGGACUUGGGAGUUUGUAGGACUGAUGUAAUGAGGAAGGAGAAGACUUACAUAAAACCUGAAGAUGGUUUCUGGGCCAUCAGGCUUUAUAAAAAUGAGUAUUGGGCACUCACCUCUCCAGAAACUCAACUCACUCUACGGAAGCGUCCUAGCGUAGUGUGCAUUUUCUUAGAUUAUGAGGGUGGGUGUAUCUCAUUCUAUAACAUGACAGAUAAGAGCCACAUGUACACCUUUUCUCAGGGCUCCUUCUCUGGGUCCCUAAGGCCUUUUUUCAGGCUCUGGUCCAGUGAUCCGGGACACUUGGACAUCUGUCCAAUACAGGAAAAGCCUGGACUGGAAUAGCGUGAUGAU